AUGGAUCCCGGGGGCUCUCUCAAUGCCGACUCUUCGACUCCUGCGCAACCGAUCAUGACGGCCUCCCCUCCCUCGCCGAUGGACACCGAGAACGAGCAGACGCCCACAGGGCUGAUCCCAGAACCGACGGGAUUGUCACCAACCAAGUCCGUCCACCCCAAGACCGCAGGAAAAUCCGAUCCGGUAUCCGAACCUCGACCGGGUGGUGUAAUUGGACACUCUACACGCUCCUCGAGCCGGGCACCCAGGAGAUUCAGUGGAAGCACAGCUGCGAGUACAGCUGCAAGCUCUAUCAGUGAGAUGGAAUCCAGCUCUCUCAAGCCAUGGAGGAUUGGAGUAUGUGCUUUGGAUGUCAAGGCCCGCAGCAAGCCGAGCCAGAAUAUUUUGACGCGGCUUCAAUCAAAGGGUGACUUCGAGGUGAUUGUCUUUGGAGACAAGGUGAUUCUCGACGAGGCUGUGGAAAAUUGGCCAGUGUGUGAUUUCUUGGUGGCCUUCUUCUCCGACGGAUUUCCCUUGGAUAAGGCGAUUGCGUAUGCUAAGCUGCGCAAACCGCUAUGCGUCAAUGAUCUGCCUAUGCAAAAGGUCCUGUGGGAUCGGCGGUUGUGUCUGCAAAUUCUGGAUCAUAUGGGUGUCCCCACCCCGAAGCGGUUGGAAGUCAACCGUGACGGCGGUCCAGUUCUGGAGUCGCCCGAGCUAGGCCAGCAUAUCUAUAGCCUGACCGGUGUGAAGCUUCCAGGCCCCGAAGAUGGCACUGGUGGUGGUGCCCCCAGAACCCAGAGCGUUUCCAUGUCCGAGGACGGCGAGUCGUUGAUUGUAGAUGGCAAGGUCUUUAGAAAGCCUUUUGUCGAGAAGCCAGUCAAUGGCGAAGACCACAACAUUCACAUCUACUUCCCCAAAGACUCGCAGUAUGGUGGUGGUGGAAGACGGCUCUUCCGAAAGGUUGGCAACAAGAGCUCAGAAUAUGAUCCCAAUAUGUCUGUGCCACGAUCUGUCACAGAGAGUGAUACGAGUUAUCUGUACGAGCAAUUCCUCAGAGUCGACAAUGCCGAGGAUGUCAAGGCCUAUACAGUCGGACCCGACUUCUGUCACGCAGAGACCCGCAAGUCUCCUGUCGUGGAUGGCCUUGUCCGGCGAAACACUCACGGAAAGGAGAUCCGUUAUAUCACCAAACUUGGCAAAGAAGAAGCAGCAAUUGCUUCCAAGAUUUCUAAUGGUUUUGGCCAGAGAAUUUGCGGCUUUGACAUGCUUCGCGUUGGAGAUAAAAGCUACGUCAUUGAUGUUAAUGGCUGGAGUUUCGUCAAGGACAACAACGACUAUUACGACAAGUGUGCCAACAUUCUGCGAGAUAUUUUCCUGAAUGAGAGACGCAAAUGUGAAGGACCAAUUGAUGCUUCCGAGCCCCCCUCUCCAGACAUCGGACCAUCCAGGAGGAGCACUGCUGGGUCCCAUCGCCAGGCUUUGAAGACAUUGCUGAAGUCUCCCAGUCAUUCCAGACUUUACGGCACCCAAGGGUCUCAAAAGCCUCAGGAUAACCCUCCCUCGGAGGUAUCAACUGCCACUCCAUCGGUGGCAUCUUCAUCUGGAGUCGAGAGCGCUGAUAUUGGCGCCGCUCUUAGCAAGCUAAACUCUCGCGAGGGGCACUCUGCUUCUCGUGCAUACAGUCCCUCCAAUACGAAGUCACCGGCUCUCUCAGUGCAACAUGCCAACGAUGAAGCGCUUCCUCCCCUUCCAGCUUCCAAGCACUCUUGGAAAUUGAAAGGCAUGGUCGCAGUGAUACGCCAUGCAGACCGAACUCCGAAGCAAAAGUUCAAAUUCACAUUCCACAGUCAACCUUUUGUGAACCUACUCAAGGGGCACCAGGAAGAGAUAGUGAUCAAGGGCGCGGCUGCCUUGAGCAGCGUAUCCGAUGCAGUCAAAAUAGCCAUGGAAAAGGGCCUGGAAGAUAUGGAGAAGCUGAAGCUGCUCCGCACGUCUCUGGAAAAGAAGGGCGGCUGGCCCGGGACUAAAGUUCAAAUCAAACCCAUGUUUAGAAAGCGGACUCCAGAGGAAAUGGGUGAUUCGACACCUGUUGUUUCCACCCCAGGAGCUUCCACAGGCGAAACAGUUCUUACUCCUGUGCCUGAGGAUCCUGAACAUCCGGAAACUGAAGAGCUGCGCCAGGCACGAAGCGAUUCUAUCUCUGGUGCAACCUUCUCACGCUUCUCUGCCGCCGAGAAUGACUUGAUUUUGGACAAAUUGCAGCUCGUGAUCAAGUGGGGAGGAGAGCCUACUCAUGCUGCCCGUUACCAAUCGCAGGAUCUUGGGCUGAAUAUGCGCGACGAUCUCAAGUUGUUGAACAAGGAGGCACUCAACAAUGUUCGUAUAUUUACCAGCUCGGAGCGCAGAGUGAGCACUAGUGCACAAAUUUGGGCUUGUUCAUUCUUAGACCAGAAGGACAUUCCCGAUGACUUGAUCCAGGUUCGUAAGGACUUGCUGGACGACUCUAAUGCCGCCAAGGAUGUUAUGGACAAGGUCAAGAAGAAGCUCAAAUUGCUUUUGAGGGAAGGAUCUGCGCCUUCGCAAUUUGCUUGGCCCAAGGAUAGCAACAUCCCAGAGCCUUCGGUUGUGCUGGCCACGGUAGUUGAACUAAUGAAGUUCCACCGUAGCGUGAUGCGACAUAACUUCGAGAAGUUUGCUGGUUCCCCGCAACUGACAGGGUCUACAUCGAAUGGCCUUGAUGCUGCUCAGGCAGAUGAAGUUCCAACUGAUCAACCUAAUAUUGAAGACAUUCAGGGUCGCUGGUGCGCUGGUGAAGACCCCCGACUCUUCAAGGAGCGAUGGGAGAAGCUCUUCGCAGAAUUCUGUGACACUGAAAAGGUCGACCCCAGCAAGCUUUCUGAGCUGUACGAUAGCAUGAAAUUCGACGCGCUCCACAACCGCCAAUUCCUGGAAUGGGUCUUCAUGCCUCCUGACAUGGCUGCUGAUGAAGAUGACAAGGCUAGUCUGAAGGGUAAAAGCACAAAGUCGGAAGUUGGUGAAUCCAAGCAUGCACAGCAGGAACCUGGCAGCGAAAAGCCCGAAGAGGGCCAUACAUUCGCUCAUCGCUUUGGGUUGAAGAAGCGCAGCGUGCUCGAGUCACUUCCUCAUCUCCGGGCACUGGAUGAUUCAUACGAUCACUACUUCAAGCUUUUCCCUGGCUCUAAUACUACCAAGUGCAAGAUGGACAAGCGACUUUCCAAGCUCCGGGACCUGUACAAGCUGGCCAAGGUCCUGUUUGACUACGUGACACCCCAAGAAUACGGUAUCACCGACAGUGAGAAAUUGGAGAUUGGUCUCCUUACAUCUCUUCCUCUUCUGCAAGAGAUUGUCCGAGAUCUGGAAGAAGUGCAAGCAUCCCAGGAUGCCAAGUCUUUCUUCUACUUUACCAAAGAAUCUCACAUCUACACUCUUUUGAACUGCAUCCUGGAAGGUGGAAUUCAAACCAAGAUUGCCAGGAGCGCCAUACCCGAGCUGGACUAUCUCUCCCAGAUCUGUUUCGAGCUCUACGAGGCUCGGGAUCAUGAGUCAGACUCCUACUCCUACUCCAUCCGAAUCUCCGUCAGCCCCGGUUGUCACGCAUUCGAUCCUCUUGACGUGCAACUCGACUCGAGGCACGCCAUUGGCUGCGCCCCACGACGAAGCUUAACAGCUCACCAAGACUGGAAGGAGGUGAUUGAAACAUUGAAGGCGAAGUUCAAUACGGUGGAACUUCCCAAAACUUUCAUCGCGGUCAACCUGAGUGAGAAGCAUACCGCUCAUCCCGAAGAAGACGACUCACCAGAGGCCUCGGCGGAGGUCUCUGGCCAAUGA